CUGAAAUAGAAAACGUCAACGAAAAUCGCUUUCUGACCGCCAUCUUGGUAGCUCACAGCGGUAAGUUCCCUCCCAUGGAGAAGUCAGGAAGCUGACAGUUCAAGUGUGACACAGAUGUCCACAAGUGCUUGGGGGCUCUCGGCUUAUGCGAAGCCAUAUGGAAAGUGGCUGGCCAGACAGACAUCAGGAGAAACAAUUAUUUACUCUGGCCACAAAGACCUGGACCACGAUCACACCCAGGGAGUUGCACUGCUGAUGUCAACAGAGGCAACAAGGGCACUGAUAGCCUGGGAACCAGUCUCACCACUGUUCAUGGCAGCAAGAUUAAAAGUCAAAGGAAGGAUGAUCACCAUCAUCCAGUGCUAUGCACCAACAAAUUCUGCAGAUGAAGAGGAAAAAGAAGACUUCUACAGCUCCCUGCAGUCUCUGCUUGACCACACACCAAGAAGACAUCUGAAGAUCAUUAUGGGAGACCUAAAUAAAGUGGGAGAUGAUAACACCAACAGGGAACUCAUGGGAAGACAUGGCGUCGGCACCUGCAAUAAAAUCAGGGAACUCUUCACAGACUUCUGUGCUUUCAACGACCUCGUCAUAGGUGGCACUGCGUUCCCACACAAGAAUAUACACAAGACAACUUGGACUUCCCCGGAUGGCCAGACAGAAAACCAGAUCGACCAUAUAACACUUGCACGAAAGUGGAGAAGGAGUCUUCAAGAUGUCUGAGUGCUUCAUAACACCAGCUCCUAGUGGAGGUCUUCAAGACUAAGCUGAAGUCCUUCAUUGGUCCAGCAGGCAGACCACACCACAAGUUCAAUACGCAAUACCUCAAAAACAAGGAGACAAGUGAAAUUUAUAACUGUGAAGUCAAGAAUAAGUAUGAGGCCCUUUCAGGACUGACAGAAGAAUCAGUGGAAGAAUACUGGUCAAUAUUUAACAGCAUUUGGAAGACAACCUGUACAGAUGUUCUAUUGAAGAGAGAAAGAAAACACAAGGAAUGGAUGAUUCCAGAGACCUGGGCAAAGACUGAAUCAAGAAAGGGACUGAAACAGAAGCUCAACCAGUGUCAAGACCAGCUAAGGAAGGAAGAUCUCAGAGCUGAUUAUUGGGAAGACAACCGCCAAGUGAAGAGGUCUGUCAGUGAGGACAAGAGACGAUUCACCCAUGAACCGACAAUUGAAGCAGAGACAGCAGCUAGACAGGGAAACAUGAAGCGACUGUACGAAAUAACAUGAACUCUGUCGGGCAGGAACAUCAACCCAAACAAGCCAGUGACAGACAAAGACGAUAAGACCAUAAUAAACGAUGCAGGACAAAGAGACUGCUGGAUGGAGCACUUCAAAGAGAUCCUGAAUCGACCUCGUCCACCAUCUUUACCUGAUAUACCACCAGCAACUUAGCAACUUCGUGUCAACACCAGUCCUCCCACUAAGACAGAAAUCAUCAAAGCUAUCAAAAGCAUGAAAAGUGGCAAAGCAGCAGCCCCGGAUGGCAUACCCCCAAAGGCAUUAAAGGCAGACCCAGAAACAACAGCAACAAUUUUACAGCCCCUCCUACACAGUCCAACAGACUGGACACUAGGCCAUCUGGUCAAGUUACCAAAGAAAGGAGACCUCUCUCAGUGCAACAACUGGCAGGGAAUCAUGCUGCUGUCCACCCCCAGUAAAGUCCUACCAAGGGUAAUUCUAGAGAGACUGAAGAAGGCACUAGACAAGAGACUGAGACCAGAACAAGCAGGGUUUCACCAGGAUAGGUCAUGCACUGACCCCAUGGCCACCACCAGUAUCAUCAUUGAACAGUCUAUCGAAUGGCAGACUUGGAAGAGAACAGUAGAGAGCGAGGCAAAGGACGUGGGGACCCCAUGGGCCCAACUGAUGGGGGCUGCCCUAUACAGGGACCGCUGGCGAGGUGUUGUUGCGGACCUAUGCUGCUCCAGGAGUAACAAGGAC